CACGUAUAUGUUAAUUAACUUCCCACAUUUCGAUGAUACAGUUCAAAAUUUGUUUGUUCAACAAAAAACAAAAAUUGGAUUGUGUCAUCUGAUAUGGUGAAUUUAAAAACUAAAGUUCAACGAUACCAUCCAACUCGGAGAAAUAAAACGGUAAAGAAAAUGAACGACCAAGAUCGGAAGAAAGAACUGCAAGCUCGGAAAAAAGCACUGAAGAAGCUUGUGUUCACUGAGCCUGUAGAGGUUCCUCCUCCUCCUCCUCCAAACAAUGCAAACGAUGUCAACGUUUGCUUAGGUGCGAAUAAUUGUCAGUGUAUCCGCUGUCGUUGUACUGAAGAUAUGGAAGACGGACCGGAAAUGGAAGAACUCGCCUAUAAUUAUUUAUUUCAACGAAACAGAAAUAAUGAGAAAGAAGACACCCAUGUAAAUCACAACUGCUGUGGCUAAAUGAAUACUCUUUUUAUUGUUUUUUUGGUUUUGGAAACAAUAAAAAAAUAACCCAACAUUAUAA